UUGAAAAUAAGUAUAAUGUUUCGAAUGUCCUAUGAAAUAUUUGUAACCAAUCAUUGAUUUUCCAUUCAAUUCAUUCCUUGUUGUUCAUUGUGUUGUCACUUGUCAAGACUCAAGAGUAAGGACUUAGGAUUUUAAUUUAUAAUAAAUAAGUACAAAAACAAAGUGAUAUUUGUAUUAAAAUAACAUCAUUUACAUCCAGAUGACAGAACAGGACAUUCCUGGAGAUGUGUGUGAAGGCACCAGCGACACUUUCGCUAGCGUGUGGGUGAAGGUGGAGAUGGAUGAUGACAUGGAGGAAGAAACAGAUGCACUGGAAGUCACACAGACAGAGGAACCACAGAAACCACAAAAAUCCAAGAGGAAGUAUAACCGCACUAUUCUACAAUGUGAGCAGUGCUCCUACACCACAAUACACAAGAACUGUUUGAAAAUGCAUGUGUUGGACCACAUGAACAGCAAACCUCACAUCUGUAACCUCUGCACGUACUCCACCAAGUACCCCACAUCCUUACAGAGACAUAUGUUCAUAAAGCACAAAGAGUCCACUGAUGAUGUAAAAACUCUCUUUUAUUGUGAUUCAUGCGACUAUAGCACCUAUUUUAAGUGGAAUUUGAAUUCCCAUAAGCGUAGACACACUACAGACAAACAGUUUCAAUGUGAACACUGUAGUUACUCCACAGCCUAUCGCCAUAACUUCAUUAAACACUCGAGAGUGCACAACAAAGUUACCAGAGAGUACACCUGUGAUAAGUGUCCUUUCGUUACGAAAUUUGCGGGACAUAUACAACGGCAUUUAUCUCAGAUACAUAACGAAGUGUCAGAUAAAGCGUGUGCGUGUGACGUUUGUGAUUUCUCAACGAUGGUGCGAUGGCGGCUCAACAUACAUAAGCAGAGAAGUAGGCAGGAAAAUCCAUUGAAAUGCGGAAUUUGUGGUUUUCAGACUUUCUACAUGUGCGAAAAUAAGAAACACAAGAAGACUCAUUUUAAUGAUAUGUUGUUAAAAGUUGGUGUGGUAAAUGGGAGUAAUGGUGUUAGCGAUAAGCCGAUCGAUGUUGACAGUGAGCAGCCUGACAGAAUGACGGGAGUGCCUAAGCCUGGGGUGGAGCAUACGCACGGUAUCUUAAAUGGGGUAACUGGGAAUGAAGGAAGGCUCAAUGAUUUAGAAGAUGUUACACAGAGGGAAGAUUUGACAGAGCAAGACGUUUUUAAAACGGAUACAAUGAAUUCGUAUCAUAUGGUUGAUAGGGUAAAUGAGAACAAAGGGCAAAUUAAUAAUGCAAUUGAACAUAAAUAUAAUGAUACUGAUGGAAUGGCUGAAGACAUUUUUAAAGCUGGAUUGACGCAAAUGUACGAUAUGGUUAACAAAGUAACAGAGAACAGAACAAUCAUAGACCCCAGUUAUUAUAAAGAGUGUGUGAAUGAUAGAAUAACGGAAGGUGACACCUACAAUAAUUUCAAUGAGCAGCAUACUAAUUUAACUACUAACCCAAAUUUAACUACAAAAACACCGAAGCUGAAAAAAUUGAAAAACUAUAUCGUAGAUCCAAACUGCGAGUCGCGAAAAACCAUACAAGUGUUAGAAUCUGAUAAUGUGGAGCGCCCGUUCCAAUGUGUUAAAUGUGCGUACACCUCCAAAUUUAAAGCGGCCGUUAUAAGACAUUAUCAAAGACACCACACAAGCGAAAAUAGACCUUACAAAUGUUGCAAUUGUGAUUUCUCGACUAAAACUAAGGAUCAAAUAAGUCUACAUAAUAAAAGAAGUCAAUCCGAAGGGACUCUAAUAUGUAACAUAUGUAACUUUACAACGAAUUUUAAAUGUACGUAUGUUAUGCACCAGAAAGUUCACUACGCACAUAAAUGUACAAAAUGCGACUACUCUUGUAGGAAUAAGUAUGAUAUACAAAAACAUUUUUCGACUGUGCAUAUGGGGGAAGGUAUGAAGUGUAGGUUCUGUGACUAUAGAUCUGGGAGGAGGGAGAGUUUAUUGUGCCACGAAGCAAUACACACUGGCCAUAAGCCAUUUAAGUGUGAGCUGUGUGAUUACCAGUCUGUUAGGAAGUCACUUUUAGAAGUACAUUUUAGGAGGUGCCAUACUGACGUCAUUGUCGCUGAAGGAAAAGUUCAAGAGAGUAAACAAACAGAAUGAAUUGUGAAAUCUCAGCGAGUCUUGUUAGAUUCCGAAAAGAAGUAAUUUCAAAUAAAAUGUGUUAAGUGGUAUGAUAUAGCCAUAUUGUCUAUUGAAAACCUUUUUUAAACUGUACCAUUUCUUAUUUAAUGUUUACAGUACAAAUGGCCUAUAAGCGCCACAUAAAGUAAAUUUUACAGGAAAAUAAUUUUUAAUACAGAAUAUGGUUUAAAAAUCAUAAUAUGUUGAAGUAGAAGGAAAUUGGACUAGAUGUAUGGGAUGUAACUCGCAAUAUACAGGGUAAUCUGUCUACCAAAGCUGAGGAUCACUAAGCAAAUACAAGUACGUAAAAUAAUUAUUGUGCAUAAUUUGUACAAUUAAAAUGUAUAUCACAACUGUCUCAAACAAUCCUUAUUAGUUAUGUAAUACAAUCGUAUUUAUUUUCUAGGCAAUCUUCGCUUUGGUCGGCAGAAAGUAGGCUUGGUCAAUGUAAUGUAAUUUGUUUGCUUGUUUUGUAUCAGUUGUGCAAUCUGUCUUAAUAAUUACAUCUUCCACCAACUUGACUUAGUAAAGAUUUGUGUGGACUCUGUUAAUUUGUGAUGUAGUGAAUCGUUAUUUAUUCAAAAUAAAACAAUACAAAUUUCUAUAUUAGUGUAUCACAAAAGAUUUGUUCCAGACGAAAUAGCUACAGGGUUAUUUCUCACAUUAAAAUGGGCAGCUCUAACUUUACUUUCCUUUCCCUUACAACUUAGAAAAUUGUUUUUCUGUAAAAUUGAUCUUGAGGAGUAAUUUUUAAAUCAUUGGUGUAUAAUAUGAAGCACUAGCAUCUUGGAAAACAAUGGCGUCUUAAAAUAACUGAUGAUUAAGGAAUUAUAGUUGUCAUAAUAAUUCUGUGCUGUUAAGUUUUAUAUUAGAUGUGCAGCAUUUUUUCUUUGUAAUAAAAUUAUAUUAUUUUUAACUCAA